AAUCGUCGGAGCAUCCUUCUCGCGCUCAGUGUCGGAGCAGGACUCAGUGUGAGGAGGAACCCUGUCACCAUGAAACUCAGAUAUUACUGCAAAAUAGUGUAAAAAUUAUCAAAAUCCCUCGUGAAUCAAUAAGCUGCCCCUAGGGUGGGAGGUUGGUAGGUUAGUCCGCCCGGAACGGGCUUCAACACGCACUAUUCUGACACUUUUUUUUUGAAAGAAUGUGUGAGAGCAGACAGUUAGCCGGCUAAAGGCUAGUUAGCAGUUAGCAGCUAACUAGCAGCUAAAUAGCAGCUAACGGCUAGUAGCAGCUCGCUGAGGGGCUGAUAAGAAGACGGCAGGAGAACAACAGGGUUCAGGGUUUUAUUGUGGGGUUUUUGGGGUUGUAUCGGGUAGUGGUGGGUUGUGUGGGCUGGUUGUGAGCUGGUGGUGCCCGUCAGGUCCAUGCAGAGCCGCUCAGCAGCAGCACAAUGCCCGUGUUACUCUUCCUGAUAGACACGUCGGCUUCUAUGAACCAGCGCAGCCACCUGGGCUCCACCUAUCUGGACAUAGCUAAAGGAGCUGUAGAGACCUUCAUGAAGCUCCGAGGCAGAGACCCGGCCAGCCGAGGAGACCGAUACAUGCUGGUGAACUAUGAGGACGUUCCGUUCGGGAUCAAGGCUGGAUGGAAGGAGAGCCACGCCACCUUCAUGACGGAGCUGAGGAACCUGCAGGCAGCCGGGCUGACGUCUAUCGGCCAGUCGCUGAGGACCGCCUUCGAUCUACUCAACCUCAAUAGACUAGUGACGGGGAUAGACAACUAUGGACAGGGAAGGAAUCCCUUCUUCCUGGAACCCGCCAUCAUUAUCGCCAUCACCGACGGCAACAAGUUGACCAGCGGCGGUGGAGUCCAAGACGAGCUCCACCUCCCUCUGACCACGCCGCUGCCGGGUAGCGAGCUGACCAAGGAGCCCUUCCGCUGGGACCAGCGUCUGUUCGCUCUGGUGCUGCGCAUCGCCGGCAACGCCUCGGUGGAGCCGGAACCCCUCGGUGGCGUCCCGUCCGACGACUCCCCCAUCACCCCCAUGUGUGAGGUCACUGGAGGUCGUUCGUACAGCGUGUUCUCUCAGCGGAUGUUGAAUCAGUGUCUGGAGUCUCUGGUUCAGAAGAUCCAGAGCGGGGUGGUGAUCAACUUUGAGAAGACGGGUCCUGAUCCGCCUCCUCUAGAAGACGCUCCGGCCGAGCCGGUGAAGUCCGGACCGCAGACUUGGCACUGUUGUCACAAGCUGAUCUAUGUCCGACCCAACCCCAAAACCGGCGUCCCCAUCGGUCACUGGCCCGUCCCCGAGGCCUUCUGGCCGGACCAGAACUCCCCCACGCUGCCCCCCCGCUCGGCCCACCCCCACAUCCGCUUCUCGUGUCUGGACUCCGAGCCCAUGGUCAUCGACAAGGUGCCCUUCGACAAGUACGAGCUGGAGCCGUCGCCGCUCACGCAGUACAUCCUGGAGAGGAAGUCCCCUCACACCUGCUGGCAGGUGUUUGUGUGUAACAGUGCCAAGUACAGUGACCUGGGUCAACCGUUCGGCUACCUGAAGGCCAGCACGGCUCUGAACUGUGUCAACCUGUUCGUGAUGCCCUACAACUACCCGGUACUGCUGCCUCUUCUGGACGACUUGAUCAAAGUGCACAAGUUCAAGCCGACCAUCAAGUGGCGUCAGUCCUUUGAGAACUACCUGAAGACGAUGCCUCCGUACUACAUCGGGUCUCUGAGGAAGGCGCUGAGGAUCAUGGGAGCUCCCAACCUGCUGGCCGACAACAUGGAGUAUGGUCUGAGCUACAGCGUGGUGUCCUACCUGAAGAAGCUCAGCCAGCAGUCAAAGAUCGAGUACGACCGGCUGAUCGCGUUGAUCGGUAAGAAGCAGCCGCCGGAGGCCGGCAUCAAGGUGCGCUGGCGAGGCGGAGGGAUCUCUCUGGCACAGCGCCGGGACUUCAUCCAGCAGCUGCAGAGUCUCUCCGGAGACGUUCCGAGUCUGGAGCUCAACCCCAAAGAGUUCCAGGGCUUCCAGCUGGCUCUGCUCAACAAGGGCCUGAAGCCACAGAGCUUCAGGAACCCCUACGACAUCCCUCGCAGCCACCUGCUGGACCAGCUCAGCCGGAUGAGGAGGAACCUGCUCAACACCAGCGUCUGUUCUCUCAGAGGACAGGACUCAGACCAGCUCCACAGCGUGCCGAUAGCCCAGAUGGGGAACUACCAGGACUUCCUGAAAGCUGCUCCUCAGCCUCUCCGAGACGCCGACCCGGAGCAGCCCAAACGCCUUCACACCUUCGGCAACCCUUUCAAACUGGACAAGAAGGGUAUGAUGAUCGACGAGGCCGAUGAGUUCGUGACGGGUCCUCAGAACAAAGGGAAGCGACCCGGAGACAGCAGCAACAUGACGGGCGGCGGGCCCAAGAGACGCCGCUGCAUGUCUCCUCUGCUGCGUCUGGGCAGAGCCUACACCCCCCCAGUAACGCCGCCCGCCAGCCCCCGACCAGCAGACAUGGAGAUGAACGACGGAGAACCUGAACCAGACCUGAUCAUCAUCAACCACCUGAACCAGAACCACUACAGCUCAGACGGGGGCUCGGACUCGGAGGGGGAAGCUCCGUCGGAGUCUGCCGACCACCAGGAGAACCACACGGACCCUGAGGACCUCCGGCACGACGGCGACGGUGACGGUGACGGUGACGGUGACGGUGACGGUGAUGAUAACGAACAGGAGGAGGAGGCGGAUGAUGAAGAGAACGGGCGACCGCGGGCGGGCGAGCUGCUGCUGGCGCCGCCGCCGCCGGACAGCGAGGGCGAAGGGGAGCUGGUUCUGAUGGAGGACCAGACGCAUCGCUACCUGUCGCCUUCAGCGCUGAAGAAGCACAUUCACAUCGAGACGACGAAGGUCAACAACGAGCUGAAGACGCUCAUCAACAAGGAGAUCAGGAAGCCUGGAAGACACUAUGAGAAGAUCUUCCUCCUCCUGAAGCAGAUCCAGGGCACCCUGGACACCCGACUCAUCUUCCUCCAGAACAUCAUCAAAGAGGCGGCCAGGUUCAAGAAGCGCGUUCUCAUCGAGCAGCUGGAGAAUUUCCUGGAAGAGAUCCACAACAGAUCCAACAACAUGAACCACGUGGACAUGCUCUGAGACUCAAACAACCCCCCCUCCCUCUACUUCCUGUUCUGGGGCGCCGCGGAGACCAGACGGCAUCCAGCUCUCUGACUAUCACCUCUUCAGUCGCGCCGGUUUGCACACAGUCUAAAGUCAGUGUUGACCCUGAAGGGAGGACGGAGGACGGAGGGAGGAACCCGUCCUGAAGCCUCCGUUUAUUCUCUCUUUAGUCUCAAAGGAGGAGGAGUAGAAGACGAGGGAGGGCAGGACCGUUCUGGAUGUUUUCUCCGUGGUGACGCGACGGCGUCCGGUAGGACGGCUUCAGGCCGUGUGUUGGUAACUCAGGGUCAAACGGGAUCCGGCGCUCAUCAGAUUUACACUCCGCUAACCGAAGCACUCCGAUGCUCUGAGAUGAACUAGUUAACGUGGUUAACCCACCUGACUGACCGCUGACAUCACUGAGUACUAACUUAAUAAAACUCAUCCACCGUUUCCAUGGAAACUCUAAAAAGAUCUUUCUGAGCGAUCCACACAGAAUCUCUCUGAAUGACAGACGUUUAAAUAUACAGGGACAAACCGCUCAGGAAGUAAACGCCAACGCCAACGCCAUCACAAUCAGCAAUAACACCGGCGACACAUUCACCCGACCCCCCAGUUCUACCUUCAUUUAGCCUCAAACAGCUGAUAUGCAACUCAAACUGUCCUCUGGAGCGUCUCGGAUGUCCUGACGGGCUGGUCGCUGCCAAAUAACGUUAACCACCCCGCCGUCUGUCCCCGCCGUGAAUCUCAAACCUACUUCCUGUUAACCGUGAAUGCACUUGUGUAAAUUUGAGAAUGUUUAUUUAAUGUAUUUUAAAAGAAAAACGACCGUCUGUUGCAGUUGUUUUUCUCAAAUGUACACAAUAAUGUGAUGGAGGUCAGGAGGUCGGAGGUCGGAGGUCAGGAGGUCGGUUUGUGAUUCAGAGGGCAGCAGUCCUCUUCUGUCCCCCCCCUCCCGGGACCGGGACCAAAAAUCUGCCAUAAGUUGUGUUUGUGUGUGAACGGGCCGCUACCAAAAGAGUAUUUUGAAUACACUGUAAAGAUGUAAAUAACUCUAGAGAACUAUUUAAAGAGAAUGUUCAGUGGAAAACUAAACGGCCUUUUUUGUAAGUAUUUCCAUGAAUAAAGUUUCUAUUUUACACUGUGAAGGGCCGUGUAAAUAAUAAAGUGUUCUGUAAACAUCG